UAAAAUGUCAUUCGUGAACAAAGUUAUUAAACAAAACAUAACCUCGUUUAGUUCGUAGUUGUUAAUGAGAGAAAAUGUCUGAAUCGAAUAAAUAUAAGCGAAAAUACGGCAGAUUUAGACGUGGUGGUGGUGAUGGCGGUUUUAAAAAGACGUUCAAACAAACACAAAGUCAAAGUGAUGGCAACAAUGAAGACGGAGAGCAACCACGUCCGUACGGAAAACAUCCCGGAAAUUUGCGAGGAAAGGCAAUUGGACUGUAUUACGCUGCACGUGCAAAACAAGCUCGAGUGGUUGCCGAAGUAGUACUGCCAGAAAGUAGAAGAAUGAAAAUCUCCGAAGUUCUUGAACGCGAAAACUACACACAAAACCUCAAUGCGAGCUUUAAAGAGAAGUACGAGAAUCUCAUUAGCGGGCGGAUUGAAGAUAAAUUAGAAGCGGCUGAGGAAAUCCAGCCCUCUCCCACGCUUGACGCGGACUUAAAAUUGGAAUUCGAAAAACGUAGAACCUCCGCCAAGUAUCUGAAUAUGUUGGAUUUCAGGAAGAAACUGCCCAGCUACAAGUUAAAAACGGAAAUCAUCGAAAUGAUCGCGGCGAACCAUGUGAUCCUCCUUAGCGGGGAGACUGGCUGCGGUAAAACUACUCAGGUGGCGCAGUUUAUUUUGGACGAUUACGUCGAGAAGGGCAAAGGGUCGUGUUGUCGGAUCGUCUGCACGCAGCCCAGGAGGAUUAGUGCAAUUUCCGUAGCCGAGCGAGUGGCGGUUGAGCGCGCCGAGUCUCUGGGUGUAGGAGUAGGAUAUCAAAUACGUCUUGAGAAAGUGAUGCCUAGAGAAAAGGGGUCGAUUUUGUUUUGUACAACCGGCGUUAUUCUUCGUCUUAUGGAAGGCGAUCCGUGUCUAAACAAAGUUUCGCAUAUAAUCAUCGAUGAGAUUCACGAAAGGAGCAUCCAUUCCGAUUUCCUCAUCACCCUCCUGAAGGAUGUCUUGGUAAAACGUCCAAAUCUGAAAGUAAUUUUGAUGAGCGCGACUUUAAACGCAGAAAAAUUUUCGGCGUAUUUCAACAAUUGUCCUCAUUUAAACAUUCCGGGAUUUACAUUCCCCGUGCAAGAAUUUUAUUUGGAAGACGUUCUUAUGAAAACGAACUUUUGUAUGUCUUCUGAGCCAUUUAAGAAAUAUACGUGGCGUGACCGCAAAAGAGACAAAGAUGAUUUCUACACCUCCUUCAUGGAGCCAUAUGUGAGACAGUUGGAGGCGAAUAAGACAUGUUCAGCCAAAGUGUGCGCGAUUUUGAGAGAUCCACAGCUGGAGGCCGGGGUCAAUAUGGAUUUGAUCUUCGCGCUUAUUGUCAACAUUUGCGAAACUGAACGGGAUCCAGGCGCCAUUUUAGUAUUUUUAACGGGUUUCGUAGAGAUUUCGUCGCUGAACCAACGUAUGGAAACUUGUGGAAAGUUUCCUAGUAACAAAUUUUUAAUAGUUCCGAUUCACUCGCAGAUGCCGACUGUAAAUCAAAGGCAAGUGUUUGACAGGCCUCCUCCCGGAGUUCGAAAGAUUGUACUCUCGACCAACAUCGCGGAAACCUCCAUUACAAUUGACGAUGUCGUCUUCGUUAUUGACUGCGGUAAAAUCAAGUAUACCGACUACGACCCUCAAACGAACAACUACACUCUGCAAGCGCAUUGGGUUGCGUUGGCAAACGCCGAUCAGCGCAGAGGAAGAGCUGGAAGAGUUCAGCCAGGGGUUUGUUACCAUUUGUUUUCGCGCCCGCGCAGGUUUGUCUUGGAGAAGUACCAGAAGGCGGAAAUCUUGCGGACUCGCUUAGAGAACACGAUCUUAACAAUAAAAGUCUUGCAAAUCGGUACAGCGGCGGAAUUUUUAAGUAAGCUAAUUGACUCUCCCAACCCGGAUGCUAUCGCCGUCUCCAUAGAUCUUUUGCAAAGAAUGAAUGCCCUGGACGAAAACGAGAAUUUGACCCCUUUGGGAUACCACCUCGCAUAUUUACCCAUCGCACCGCAAAUGGGUAAAAUGGUCAUCUUCGGAGUGCUGUUCAGUUGUCUGGAUCCGGUACUAUCAGUGGCCGCUUCUCUAGAUUUUAAGGACGCUUUCCUGCUUCCACUAGGCAAAGAGAGAGAGGUGGAGCAGAAACGAAGGGAGCUAUCCAAUGGGUUGUACAGCGAUCACUUGCUUCUGUAUAAUGCGUUGAAAAUGUUCGAAAGCCAAAGCCACUACGACGCAAAUCAGUUUUGUUGGAAGUAUUUCUUGAGCCCUUCAAUUUUGAUGCAACUUCAAAAGAUGAAAAAGCAAUUCAUGGAGUACUUACUGGACAUGAACUUUGUUGAUUCGACGAAUUAUAAAGAUCCUGAUUUUAAUUACAACUCGAGAAAUGUCAGCCUUAUCAAGGCGGUUCUUUGCGCAGGGUUAUAUCCAAAUGUGGGCACGCUCAGGGGAAAGAAACGUUUCAUUGGUCGCACGCUGGAAGGCCAAAAAGUAGACUGGCACCUAAAAUCGGUUUUAGCGAAGGAAAUCUAUUUUCCAUCGCGUCUUUUCGUCUACUACUUAAAAUUGCAGUCUUCAAAGCGAUUUAUACACGACGCGACGAUAGUGUACCCCUUACCGAUCAUAUUCUUCGGCGAUAAAUACAGUUACGAUCAGGAAAACACCACACUCAACCUCGCUGGCGAAAAGUUAAAAUUUAAAUGUUCAGAGGAAACAAACACGACCAUAAAGCAGUUACGCGAUCGAUUAAAUAUGUUUCUGGAGUACAAGAUAUCGAAUCCCGGCGUCAUUAAAUGGUCCUGGGAAAAUAACGAAAUAUCAGUAUUACGAGCUGUGAUGGAGCUAAUUACUAGCGAGGAGAUGGGCGAUUUGAGUUUAGGUUAUGAAGAUUUUGAUUAAUACGUUGUUGUAACCUAUUAAGAAUCUAUUUUGUGUUGUUUUUUAAAUUGGAAUAAAUUUAAGUUCGUUUUUC